AUGACUUUUGCCACGCUUUUGGAGCAGGUCGGUGGCCUGGGCCGCUUCCAGGUCCUCAACGUAGCGAUGUUGUGUUUCCCGAUGGUGAUGAUGGCAGCUCACAACCUCUUGCAGAACUUCACGGCCGCGAUCCCCGGCCAUCGCUGCCGCACGGCCACAAACGGGACGUGCAGCACGGGAGCUAAUGCCACGGGAGGCUCAGACUGUACGGAUCUUCUGAGAGCCUCCAUCCCAAUGGAUGGCAGCCGGGUGCUGCAGAAGUGUCAUCGCUUUACCACCGCCCAGUGGCACCUCCUGGACCACAACUCCACAGGGCCGGAGGCAACGGAGGCAGCGUUGGAACCGUGUCUCGAUGGAUGGACCUACGAGGAGGAUAUCUUUGUGUCAACCAUCGUAACAGAGUGGGACCUGGUGUGUGACUUUCGGAACCUGCAGCAAAUGGCCCAAUCGAUCUACAUGGCUGGCGUUUUGGUGGGCGCGGUUGUGUUCGGUGGCCUCUCAGACAAGUUCGGCCGGAAAGCCUUGCUGAUCUGGUCUUGCUUUCAAAUCGCCGUUUCGGGGUCCUGCGCUGCCUUCGCCCCUAGCUUCACGGCCUACUGCACCUUCCGCUUCCUGUCAGGGAUGGCGCUGUCGGGCGUCGGGCUGAACUGCACGUCGCUGUCGGUGGAGUGGACCCCAAUGCAUUCCCGGGCCACGGUCAGCAUGGUGACUGGUUACAGCUACAGCGUCGGGCAGUUCAUCCUCGCUGGCGUGGCCUACGCCAUCCGCGACUGGCGCUGGCUGCAGCUGGCCGUGUCUUUUCCCUACUUUGCCUUCUUCCUGUACGGCUGGUGGUUCACAGAGUCUGCGCGGUGGUACGCCACGGCCGGCAAACUGGAGCAGGCGCUCAAGGAGCUGCGGAAAGUGGCGCGGAUCAACGGGAAGAAGGAGCAAGGAGAGAAGCUCAGCCUAGAGGACUUGAAGGCCAGCCUCCAGAAAGAGACGCCCUCUGCCAAAUCCAGUUUCACCGUUGCUGACCUGGUGCGCACGCCGACGAUGCGCCGUAUAACGUGCUGCCUUUGCUUCGUAUGGUUCUCCACCAGCUUCGCCUACUAUGGCUUGGCCAUGGACCUGCAGAACUUCGGGGUCAGCGUCUACCUCAUCCAGGUGAUCUUCGGGGCGGUGGACAUCCCGGCGAAACUCAUCGCCUACAUCGUCAUCUCCUACUUUGGCCGCCGGAUCACCCAAGCGCUCGCUCUCAUCCUCGCGGGGCUCUCCAUUGCAAGCAACAUCUUUGUGCCCCACGAUCUUCAGAUUCUCCGCACCAUCUUUGCGGUCUUUGGGAAAGGGUGCCUGGGAGCUUCCUUCAACUGUGUCUUCUUAUACACUGGAGAACUUUACCCCACGGUGAUCAGGCAGACCGGGAUGGGCUUUGGCAACACCAUGGCCCGUGUUGGUGGGAUCGUGGCCCCCUUGGUGAGGAUGACCAGCGAGUAUUCGCCAUCCCUUCCUCUUCUCAUCUAUGGGGCUGCCCCCAUCGUCUCCGGCAUCGCCGCCUGCUUCCUUCCAGAGACCCUCAACGUCCCACUGCCUGAUACCAUCGAAGACGUGGAGAGCCAGUAA